UCCUGCCCCCUCCUGCCCCCUCCUGCCCUCUCCUGCCCUGCCUCCCCACCAGGCGCUCCGUGGUCAUGGGGUGUGUGCUGUCACUGCUGCGUCGGCUGGGGCUCCUCACUCCCCUGCACUGAGGGAUACCGGGUGGAUCUAUGUUCAAGACGCGCCACGAGGCCAGCGGCGGGAAAGCACAGGACCUCUAACAGCGGGCAGGGAGGAUGCCGUCUCUCCGUUGGUGCGCCCUCUUCCUCCUGCUUCCUGCUGCCCACCUGGUUGGAAGCGUCCGUUCUUCCAGUCCAGGGAAGACAGAACUCCUUAAAUCAGGAAGCCCCAAAUCCACCUUAAAACACAUAUGGACAGAAAGCAGUAAGGAUUUGUCCAUCAGUCGCCUGCUCUCACAGACUCUGCAGGGGAAGGAGAACGCCACGGCGCUGGACCUUCGCUAUGACACGCCGGAGCCUUACUCCGAACAGGACCUGUGGGACUGGCUUCGCAACUCCACGGACCUCCUGGAGUCUCGACCCCGGGCCAAGAGGCGGCCCAUUGUCAAAACGGGCAAGUUCAAGAAGAUGUUCGGGUGGGGAGACUUCCACUCCAACAUCAAAACCGUCAAGCUAAACCUGCUCAUCACCGGCAAGAUCGUGGACCACGGCAACGGCACCUUCAGCGUCUACUUCCGCCACAACUCCACCGGCCAGGGGAAUGUGUCGGUGAGCCUGGUGCCGCCCACCAAGAUCGUGGAGUUCGACUUGACGGCGCAGCAGUCCGUCAUCGACGCCAAAGAUUCCAAGUCGUUCAACUGCCGCAUCGAGUACGAGAAGGUGGACAAGUCGACCAAGAACACGCUCUGCAACUUCGACCCGUCCAAGACCUGCUUCCAGGACCAGACGCAGAGUCACGUGUCCUGGCUGUGCUCCAAGCCCUUCAAAGUCAUCUGCAUCUACAUCUCCUUCUACAGCACUGACUACAAACUAGUGCAGAAAGUGUGCCCAGAUUACAACUACCACAGCGACACGCCGUACUUCCCGUCCGGCUGAGGAUCUCCACGGCAAGCAGAACAGCAAGUCCGAGGGCGUAAAAGGGCAUUUCCUCCCACGUGUCCCACCUGUUCGUUCUGUCCGGAACACUUCCGCAGCGGAAUGGUGGUGCCGUCUUAUCAGAGCUAAUUGGCAGUCGCAAAAAUUAAAAGAGUUCAAAACUACGUAGAACUUUUACAGCCUAAGAUUAAAUUCUGGAGGAAAGAGAGAAAGGAUAAAUAACAAGAAUAGGGAAAGGGUG